AUGUUUGAUCGGGAUUCCAGCGAAAGCAUUGAGAAAUCAGAGUUUCUCCAAGUAACGUCUAGGUUUAUCAAUGAUCUGCAAGAAGAAGUUCUGCGUACCGAAUUUUACCGCCUUAGUUCCGGCAAGGACACCAUUUCUCCUUUGCAACUAGCUCAAGUAAUGUUGCGUUACGCGGAUAUUUCAGAAAAAGACAAAGAAAAAGGACUAGAGCAUGUUGCGGAAAGUAUAAAUUUUAAUGAAGACAGUAUUGAUUUUAAGUCUUACUGCGUUUUCUUCAAUCUUCUUUUUCGCUACGAAGACCUGUACUCCGCCCUAAAGAUGUUCCUUUUAUCGAAUCGCGCGAUUUCAAGGGAGGAAUUUCAACGCGCUGCCCGUGCAGUAACUGGUAGGCGACUGAAUGAUGCGGUCGUCAAUACGGUAUUCCUCUUAUUUGAUGCAGAUGGUGACGGCCAUUUAAGUGCCGAUGAAUUUAUCUCUGCAAUGCGAUCGUAUCUUUCAAGGGGGACGCGCGGACGUAACCCUGCUUUUCAAUUCGCCUACUGGCCACGAUACGUGGCACGGUUGUUACGCUUCCGCCCCGUUUUCCGCGGGGAUUUGCAGGGCUGGUCAUUUGAAAUGGAUCGCUCGAUGCCCUUUGAGUUGCCAGACGCAAAACCUCACGAGUACGCCGAAGAGAAGUGGCUUCCCGUGUGGCGCUUCUCAGAGCAGCCCCCGUGGAACAUAGCCAAUCGUCUCUCCGAGUUCCCCUAUCGCACGGAUUGGUGCGUUGUGCAUCCCGACGGGAAAACCAAGACGCACGAACGACUAACCGGAAUGCCGCCGGAGAAACAAACCAUCUUCAAGGGCGAUCGCGUCGUCGUACUCAAGGGGAUCAGCAAGGGGAAGGUUGGAAUCGUGGGCUCAGUCAUUAAGAUGCGCAAUCUUGUCUACGUUGAAGGUCUGAAUCCCCGAUAUCGAUCUCCUGAGGCCUCGGGUGCUCUAAUUUUUGAGGAGAGCUAUCUCAAGAUAAACGAAGAGGUCGCUCUUAUUGACCCUUCGGACAAUUCACCUUGCGACGUGGUUUGGCGGUACGACGCCCAAGGGAAUCGCGUGCGCGUCUCAAAACGAAGCGGCCAUUUGAUACCCCUCCCGACGGCAUCUCGUGUUCUAAACGAUCUGACAGACCCGGUCGCAGCUGAAGCCGGGGACAAGGACACCCCUGGGGAAGUGGUAACCAAGACAACAGUCGACUUCGUCGGUCCGCAAAAACUGGAGACGUUUGAAGAGGAAUUAACACGUCUAUAUGCACCAUUAGAUAAGAGAAAGCGGAUGCCUACUUACUGGUAUUAA